AUGGAGACCUCAUUUGCUCUUACUGGCAAAGGCUACCUCAUCAUGGCUGCGGACACAACAUCAGCCCGCUCAAUCGUCAAGAUGAAAGUUGACGAGGACAAGAUCAAGACUCUCAGCCCCCAUCUGCUCAUGGCCUACUCAGGCGAGCCAGGUGACACGAUUCAAUUCGCGGAAUACGUCGAACGCAACACUCGCCUGUAUCAAAUCCGCAACCUCUAUGCCCUGCGACCGGCCGCGGCUGCCUCAUGGAUCCGGAGAGCCGUUGCAGAGUCACUGCGAUCACGCAAGCCCUACUCUGUGAACCUCCUGCUAGGUGGUUACGACACGGCGACGGACGACCCACAUCUCUACUGGGUCGAUUACUUUGGGACGAUGGCCGAGGUACCGUUUGCCGCACACGGCUAUGGAUCCUACUUUGCUCUCAGUUUGCUUGAUCGAUAUCAUGAUCCCAACGCCACCCUUGAGGAAGGGCUUGCAACAUUGAAAUGCUGCAUUGACGAGGUGUCCAAGCGUCUCGUUGUCAGUCCUGGAGCGUACAAGAUCAAGGUUGUAGAUGAAGAUAAGUGGUUAAAGGGAUUGCGACGUUACGUGACUGCGAUCAACUCUGUCUUCAUGUUUUCUAAUCCGUUCUCCAUAUCAUCUACCGAAUGA